AUGACUUCUCAAGCACUCACUCUUCCACUUCUCCGUGGCACUACUACAUUAGAAGCUGCCCUUGAACAAGAGGAAAACAUGCUUCUCGACUUAGCUUACCCUGAGCUACGACUAGAUUUCUUUGUCUGGCUCAGCAUUCACCGUGCAGACAUCGAGGAUACAGUUUCGUAUCAUUUAGGCUUGACGAGGUCGGAGAUAUGCCGGCUCGGAGAAGUGAGAGAGUGGAUAAAUGGCAGUUUCAAUGUUUGCAUACCAGUUUAUGUUGACAACUGGCACAAGCAUCCUGGGAGGCGAGUCAUGAUCAGAUUCCCCUUGCCUUACAAGAUAGGAGAAUCCACAUAUCCUGGCAACGCCGACGAGAAACUCCGCUGUGAGGUCGCUACAUUCAUUUGGAUACAAGAGCAUUGUGCACAUAUUCCUAUACCUUACCUAUGGGGAUUUGGAUUUGUCGGUGGCUAGAGUGUAUGGAGUCUAAAAGCCCUACAAUCUUUACUCUGAAGUUGAUUCUGACCCGUAUAGUUCACAAAACCUCAUAGCGUAUCUUUGAAAACCAGACUGGUUUGGUAGCUUCGACGGCACAUAUCAUCCCUCUUCGGAUCUACCCUACCUUAGCGUUAUAUAAGACACCGACGUCACUCUCUUUUAGAGCAUGGAUAUCUAAUCAUAGACUAUAUCGAGGGCACAGGCGUAAAGAUGCUCUCAGAGACAUGGGACGAAUUUCGACAUUGCGCAGUUCGAAGGAAAAACCUCUAUAGAGACUUAUCCCGUAUCAUGCUCUUGUUGAGUCAAUCGCCACUGCCGCGUAUUGGAUCAUGGACAUUAGACUCAAACGGAAUCCUACAGCUUAGCAACCGUCCUUUGACCCUUCGGCUUCAACAAUUAGAGAAUGAGGGGGUUUCGACCAACAUAGAUAGAAGCUUGACUUACUCGGCAACUGAUGCUUAUUAUCUCGAUCUUCUAUCAUGCCAUGACAGUCGCAUUCGCCAUCAACCAAACUCCUUGAAUGAUGAAAGCGACGGCCGUGCCCAGAUGGCAAAUUUGAUAAUCAUGCGGGCCCUCCUUUCACAUUUCACGAACCGAGACUUCCGCCAUGGACCUUUCCUUUUGACGCUCACAGACCUCCAUCAGAGUAACAUCUUCGUGGAUGAUGAUUGGAAUAUCAAAUGCCUAAUAGACCUUGAGUGGGCAUGCUCACUGCCUGUGGAGACAAUGCGCCCUCCAUAUUGGCUGACUAGCCGUCCAGUAGAUGAUCUUGUUGGUCAACACCUUGAUAGCUUCAGCAAGGCACAUGGUGAAUUUACGGAGAUUUUUGAGGAAGAGGAGAAAUCCCUCCCUUCGGGAGAUGGUGUUGCUUCAUACCGUACAAAGAUCAUGAGUAAAGGUUGGAAGAUCGGAAACUUUUGGUAUUUCCAAGCCCUAGAUAGUCCAAAAGGAUUGUAUAAUAUUUUUCGCGAUCACAUUCAGUCAAUAUUUGCACCCUCUCAUAAUACUGACUCGGAUUUCCCUCGGAUUGUAUCAGAAUAUUGGGCUGUGGGAGUCAACGAUAUUAUAAGUGCCAAGCUUCAAGACAAGGAAGCGUACGAAAGAAUGCUACGCCAGAAAUUCGAGAAUGUCCCCGGCAAUACUUGAAAGUAUGUUAUUGAGCAUCAUUGAGAUUUAAUGAUUUUAUGUAGUUUAAAGUUUGACGUUGUCAAAUUGUAUUCGCUAAGUUCAUGAUUCUGCUCUUCCUUACGGACCCUACCUAUCUUUUACUAAGCUACGGCCCUAUCCUCUCCUCCUGGCAUCAUCCCCCGCUCUAUCUUCCUUGCCUCGUUCUUGCUUCAUUUCCCGAAACUGACAGUUGUUUUGCCGUUGUUUCGUCAAGGAGAUCUUUGGUAACAUCCUCCCGAGCCUUGCGCUUUCUCCUUUCUUCCGCGGCGGCUUUAGCAGCUGCUGAAGCAGCUGCCUUUUUCUUGGCAGAAAGUUUUGCGUCGUUUUUGUUGGGCAUUUUAAUUUCUGUAUUUAAGCCA